CCAUUGUCUGCAGCUUUUUAAUUAAAGACCCCGGGUCGACACUCUGUGCCAGGUGACCUAAACGGCUCCAAGGCUACAUAUGUCUCCCACUAUCCUCUCUACUGGGGAUAAGUCUCAGUGGAUAAUUGGAGGGGGAAAUGCUAUACCGCUAUCAUGAGAUGGAGGAAGGAUUAUCUACUGAGGACUUCGACUUAAGAAGCACGGCUAGAGGAAUAAUGACCAGGUUAUAAGAGGAGGAGGGGGCACCUGAGUGGAUUUUUUCAAUGAAGUUCUUCAUCGCUCUUGAAUUAGACAGGUUCCCAAAGCAGAUUUCGCACCAGAGCCAACAUGAAGCGUCUCGAGAGAAACCUGCCCUCAGGUUUUCUGCUUCUGCUGCCUCUUCUGUCCGUCAGCUGUGUCUCCAAUCCAAAGACUACAGUUUCCUGGUGUGUGCUGUCCGAUGCUGAAGAGCAGAAGUGUCUGGAUCUGGCUGGGAAUGCCACGGCCCGGAACGUUAGGGGAACGCUGCAGUGCGUCCGCGGCCUGAGCACCAGAGACUGCAUGGACAAAAUCAAGAACGGGACGGCAGAUGCCGCCUCCAUGUUUGCAGAUGACAUAUAUGCGGCUGGGCUGUGCCACGGCCUGGAGCUGUCUGCAGGAGAGUCCCACAACGGAGUGGACGGCAUCGGCUACUACGUGGUGGUGAUGGCCCGUCGCUCCACUUCGGACCUGUCGCUGCUGGAGAUGCACGAGCGCAGCUCCUGCCACCCCGGCAUACGGACCACGGUGGGGUGGACUGUGCCCAUUGGCUACCUGGUCAACACCUCCCAGAUCAGUGUGGGGGAGCAGUGCAACUUCCCCAGAGCGGUCGGGAACUUCUUUGGCUACAGCUGUGUGCCAGGCGUGAAGGAUCCCCAGCAUGACCCCAGAGGCAACAACCCCAAGAACCUGUGCGAGGCGUGCAUCGGAGACGAGAACGACCGGCACAUCUGCGCCAACAACCACAAGGAGAGACACUACGGGGAGUCCGGGGCUCUGAGAUGUGUGGCUGAAAACCUUGGCGACGUGGCUUUUGUCAAACACACGACGGUCUUCGACAAUAUGGACGGUAAGAACCAGGAGUCCUGGGCCCUGGACCUGGAGCUGGAGGACCUGAAGCUGCUGUGUCCCGACGGCACCGAGGCCGGUCUGGACGAGUACGAGCGGUGCCACCUGGCAGCCGUUCCCACCAACGCUGUGGUGGUGCGCGUGGAGGAUAAGUGUCGCGUCUGGAAGUACCUGGAGCGUUUACAGAAUGUGUUUGGCAACAGCACCGAGGGCUUCAGCCUGUUCAGCUCAGCAGGCUACGGAGAAUCCGAUCUGCUCUUUAGCGAUGCCACCCACCACCUGCAAAGGGUUCUGGGUAGCUACACCUCUUGGCUGGGCCCCACUUACACCACCAUGCUGCAAGCCUUUGAGUGUGAGGGCUUCUGCUGAUGGAACAGGAGGAAGACAUCCAGCGCAUCAGCUUCCACUCCAUCCCUCUCUCCCCUGCUUCCGUUCUGCAUCCCCUCCCUGCCAUCUGUGUCCUUCUGCCUCGCCACGUCUCCUCCUCUCUUUUAUUUUUAUAUUUUUUUUAGCUUGGCCUGAAUCCUUGCCCUCUUCCAACGUAGUACAUCUUCUAAUAUCCUGCCUGGCAGGGUAGGACAUUGCUUAGAGUGGCUAAUUGGCUCGGAGAGAACUUCCAGAUUAACGUCCAUGAAAUUCAACAUGGGGGUUUUAAGCGAAUCCGGAGACAGAUUUAGAAACAAAAGGCAGCGCUGUAGUUUUGAUGGUGGCAGACUUUUCCUCCGCGCCCUCAGUUCCUAACCUGUACUUGGGAAACUAUGCUCUUCUCAGCCUGUUGCAUUAGUCUGAGCUUCGGUACCGCCCUCCCUCCUCCCACAGGGUCCGUCUCUGGCACUGAACAACUGGGUGCUAUUAACUUUUGAGCUUAGAAGUCUCAGUUACUCUAUGUGUGUGUUUGUGUCUGUGUGCAUGUGUGUGACUAUACCCCUUUUUUCCCACAGCCAUUAUUGCCCUAAUUGGCAGUCUGGCGUAUUACGCUGUUCGUGUGUGAGCGAGAGAGAGAUAGAGAGAGAGUGUGUGUGUUUGUGUGUGUGUGUGUAUGUGUGUGUCUGUGUGUGUGUCUGUGUGUGUGUCUGUGUGUGUGUUGGUAGGACUGCUGCUUUCCCAUGGCUUGUAUAGCUUACGACUCUGGAUCACUGCUUUCUCACGUCUGGUAUGAUGGACAGCACCGUGCCAGCUCGCUGUUUAUUGUUACACUAUACAGUUAGGAGGGAGCGGAUUAGAGCUCAGGCUGCCUUCAAUGACCCGCGAGUGAGUCUUUCUUAAAAACCUUUGUUCCUUUCCUCAUUUGUGACAACAUUUGCAUCUAAAUGUUCUCUUUAAAACCCCCUUUGUGCCUCACCUGCUUCUGUUUUACCUACAAAGCAACACCUAUAUUUUAGCAUGGCUACCAAUAGGCACUAACACACUGAGUGUAAGCAUCACUAACAGGACGCUGGUGUUACGAGAAGAAAUUAGUUAGUGCAGUGUGUAGUAUUAAAAAAUUGUCACAAGGAGACAAUUACUGAAUUAAUGUGCUAUGACAAACUGGUGAUUAUCAAGAAAACGCGUACGAUCAUUUAUUUUGGUGACAUGUUUGGGUCACUGUAAUUAAAGGAAAUCACCAGCCUGUUUAAAAAGCCUUACUUGACACACGGAAUCAUGUACUGUAAAAUGUUAAACAGGCUGUAAUUCUCAUCUAUAUUUUAUUCACACUCUGCACCGCGGAGCAUGACAAUAAACUCACACCGGAUGAAGUUCUCCUUAUCGGCCUGGUGUUUGACCUCAGUGCGCUGCCAGAACACAAACGCGGGAAUUUUGAGUUCAUCUGCGGAGACAAUGGGGCGUUUUUGUUGUUUGUUUUUUUUUAUUACAAUUCUCUCAUAUUUCUCCUCCUGAGGCGAAACCUCAUGUCACGCUUUGAGUCCUGACGGUAGAGACUCCCCCGGGUGUGAAUGAGCAGCUCCUUAGUGAAGGCUAAAGGCGACUCGCCUCCUCGAGCUCUGCUGUGAACCAUUGGUGCUGUUUGUUUGAACAGUCUUGAUGAAAACGCCUGAACGCGUAGGGCUGCAAACCUUUUUUCUUUUCCAGCCAAUUAAACGUACGAUGAUAAAAGAAAA